CAGGUAGAGAGGGUGUAACAAAGAGCAAGAAAACGAAAGAAAAAUAAGACAAAUACUAAACCAACCCAAAAAACGAGAGAGAGAGAGAGAGAGAGAGAGAGAGAGAAGAGCGAAUGAGGUGGCACCUACCGGCACCGCAGAUCAUAGCAGCCACAAGAGGAGUGAAGUAAACGAUCCUGGUGUAGUUGAUAUGUGGAUUCCUAUAAAAUGAGGCCUUGUCCUCGUGGCGUCUCUGAUUAUUGAUGAGUCUCUGAAUUUCUUAUAGUUUCAGUUUUAGCCCAUUCUUGUUUUUUUAACUUAAAUAGCUCCCAGGGGCCAGGGGCAGGGUGUCCUCUCAUUUUCUGCAAGUACUCAUAAUGAGAAGACCCCUCUAGCCAGCAACUGGAUCAUUUUCAGUUUGAGAGUUAUUCACUUCUGCGUUUGACCUCAAAUUUUUGAGAUACUCUGGUACUGAGAGAGAGAGAGAGAAGGGAACGAGUUUUGAUGGCUCGGUUUGGAUCACAAUGGAUUGGUUUGAGUCUGAGGUCGGUUGGAGCAAUUUGUAUCUGUUUUCUUUUUGUAGCAUCCAUGAUUAUUAUAGCAGAGGCAAGAUUGAAACAGGAAGGUUCACGUGACAAUGAGGGUGAGGAGGUUGAAACUGGUUUCACGAAGAGACUACUCAGUUUUCUGGGGCAAAAAGGUCAAUUGGGUUAUACACAUGUUUGGCCUGAAAUGAAAUUCGGCUGGCAAAUUGUGGUGGGUAGCAUAAUUGGAUUCUUUGGAGCAGCAUUUGGGAGCGUGGGAGGUGUUGGUGGGGGUGGUAUUUUUGUUCCCAUGCUCACCUUGAUUAUUGGGUUUGACGCAAAAUCAUCAACUGCAAUAUCAAAAUGUAUGAUCGCAGGUGCAGCAGCUUCAACAGUUUACUACAAUUUAAAGCUUAGGCAUCCUACACUUGAUUUGCCCAUAAUUGACUAUGACUUGGCACUCUUGUUUCAACCAAUGUUGGUGCUGGGAAUCAGCAUUGGUGUUAUUUUCAAUGUGAUUUUUGCUGACUGGAUGAUCACAGUUCUGCUAAUUAUUCUCUUCUUAGGCACAUCAACUAAGGCUUUCUUCAAAGGUGUUGAAACAUGGAAAAAAGAAACCAUAAUAAAAAAGGAGGCUGCUAGACGAUUGGCAUCAUAUGGUGAUGGUAGUGAAGAAGCGGAAUACAGCCUUCUUCCUGGAGGCCCAAUCAAUGGUGCAGAACCAGGAUCCAAGGAUUCUAAAAGAGAAGAGGUUUCUGUUCUUGAGAAUGUUCGAUGGAAGGAACUUGGAAUUCUCUUUGCUGUCUGGUUGAUUAUCCUUACAUUGGAGAUUACCAAGAACAAUACAACCACUUGUUCAGUGGCAUAUUGGCUUUGCAAUCUAUUGCAGAUUCCAGUUGCUCUUGGAGUUUCUUCAUAUCAGGCGGUUAGCUUGUACAAAGGACACAGGAAAAUAGCAUCAAAGGGAGAGGCAGACACAAAUUGGAGAGUACACCAGCUGGUUCUUUAUUGUUGCUGUGGAGUAUUGGCUGGUAUUGUUGGUGGGUUGCUUGGUCUUGGUGGAGGAUUCAUUUUGGGACCACUUUUUCUGGAGUUGGGAGUCCCUCCGCAGGUGUCAAGUGCCACAGCUACGUUUGCCAUGACAUUUUCUGCAUCCAUGUCUGUCAUAGAGUAUUAUCUGUUGAAACGUUUUCCCGUUCCUUAUGCACUAUACUUUGCUGCUGUCACAACUGUCGCCGCCUUGGUAGGGCAGCAUGUGGUAAGAAAGCUUAUCAGUAUAUUCGGGAGAGCGUCUAUAAUCAUCUUCAUUCUUUCAUUCACAAUAUUUGUGAGUGCAAUAUCACUGGGUGGGGUUGGUAUCGCAAACAUGAUAGCGAAGAUUGAAAACCACGAGUACAUGGGAUUUGAGAACAUUUGUUCGUAUGAAGCUUUGUCUUGAUAACCUUUUCUUCAGGUGUAUAAAUAGCUUUGCCAUUUGUUUAUCUUAAUUAACUUAAAAUUUCUCAUUUGUCAAUUUUUGAAUCCUAGGAUUUUGAUCAACCCAAAAAAGAUAAAAAAGGAUAAAUAAACAUUUCAUUGUGCUUCAACUUUCAAACCCAAUCCAAAUUAUUUUGUGUUUCACACAAUUUAGGUUAACUCUCCUACAUUGUAAUAUUUUACAGUUGAACAAUCAAAUGCUGCUAAUAGUUUGAUGUUA